CGCAGCUCACCACCAUCCUCAUCUACACAGUGGAACUACUAGAGACACUAGUACAACUACAGCGAUUAUACACAACUCUAGCAGAUUCGACUCAAGUGAUCGCUAUUGUUUUGGUUCGUAUCUAUUAUAUAAGUAGAUGUCACGGUGGCGCGAUUUAAUUCUGGUGCAAUUGAAGUUCCGUCAAUGUCAAUGAAUCAUCAUCGACAUAACAAAGAUUAAACGGUAACGCCGUUAUUUAACAGUUAAACAGACGUCUUGGAGCUGUCGGCGUUCUAGCUCUUGCCGCCCUAUCGCUUCAUGCUACAGCGGCGCGCACUGGAUUACUGGCCCCACUCCCCCGUUUUAGCGCCAACAUUGUUGCAGCCAGUGCAGCGGCAGCAGAAGAAUAAGGCGCCGCUUCUUCGGCUACCGACACUGUCACUGCUGUCACCGCUGUGAGAAGCAGCAGCUCUAUUAGAAGCAAAGCAGUCGGUCGGUCGGUCGGUCGGAACGUGCGUGCGUGCGUGCGUGCGUGCGUGCGUGAGGGUGUUAUUGUGUCUUCUCCACCCCACCUCGCGCAGCAGUGGCCGACGGCCCCACUACCCCCUUCCCCACCUCCCCUUCCCCUUGUGCUGUCUCAGGGGCGCACCACACAGCGCUCCCUUCGCGCAGCCGCUGCCAGCCAGCGUCGCCACAAAAUCGUCUGCUAACCCCAGCUGGGGCUGAUCCACAUCGUUACGAAAAAUAAAAAAAAAAGAAAGCGCGAGCGCUAGACAGACAGAGACAGAGAAAGAGAGAGAGAGAGAAGGAGAAGGACUGGGUAGGUCUUCGAUACAGUGAAAAAGGGAAAAAAUUUUCAGCGGCAGUGAGAACAACAACAGCGACCGUUAUUACUGCUCUUUUCUAAUUAGCAGCUGCUACAGUGCGUUAUGAUGUAUCUUUCUGGUAAAUGUAACGAUACAAAACGGGAAAGAACAGAUGAGUAGUCUGUUUAAGAGGAUAUAAGGCUAUAUGUGUCAACGGAACAUCUAUUCUUUGAAAAAGGGAUACACUCAAUUAGAACGCGUUACGUUGAAUGUACGAGUACUUACAAAAAGACAAGCAGCGGAAGAAAAACAAUAUCCGGAAAGAGUAGAGGAUCGACGUGCACCAAAACAAAUUGUGCAUAGUCAGCGCCACCUACGAUCAACAUUAUUGGCAGAAUCGCAACGAUUUCGGCCGGUGCUGUGAUCAGUCUUCGCCAACUAUUGUCGUUCAUCAGCAUCCGACGGCCUGAACCUCGGAGGCUGUCGAUAACUGCGAUAACUGUCACCGAAACGGUGUUGGUGGACUGCCCGCUCUUUAGCCCAUCUUUACACAUCGCCACACGAAGAAAUUGCGUCCCUUCGCCGCUGCUUCUCCUCUUCCUCCUCCCCCUCCUUUUUUAUCCUGGUAGGCAGCAUCAUCGUCGUCGUCGUCGUCGUUAUGGUGGUCGCUGAUGUGAUAAAAUCGUCGUCGACAUUUUGAAUUGCGUUUGUGUCGCAACCGCUCCUGCUGUUGCCGAUUCUGAUUGGUAGCCGCAGCGGCAACGAUACUGACUUGCCAUCGCUGAGGAGUGCCGAGAAGAUUAUUCGAGUAUGCAGAAUAUUAAUGCGACAAAACCAAGAAGAAAUAUCAUUGCGACAAAAAAGAAAUAGAAAAGCAGCAGCAGCAACAACGGCGACAAGCGAACGAAGAAAGAGAAGAAGCUGUUCUUUCUUUGAGCCGAUCGAGACACGACUUCUAAGACGAAUUCGCUUAGCCAAGGACUGAGCGGAGCAACGGCGGCAACGGCAACGGCGGCAGGAGCAACAAAAAACUAAUCGAAGAACGACUGAUCUGAGAAGGGCCUGGAGACAAAAAAAAAAAAGCCGUUCAUUCGCCUCUUCGUUUGGCCAAUUCGACACGUCAACAACAACAACAACAACAACAACAACUGAACUAUAAUCACAGGCAUCUUAAACAACGUCAAUAUUCGAAUCCAUAUCAUCGACGUCAUCAUCCGUUCGAGUGGUAACGUUGGCGUAUUUGGUGUCGAAGACCGGAACGAGCAAGAACAAAGGGGGAUCGUAGGUGUUGAGCCCUGUAUACAACAGAUUCCUGAUUGGCUUUCCAUUGUUGUUGUCGCUGCUGCUGCUGCCGCUGUUGGUCAAAGCCAUCUUUUGGCCCCCUUGCCCAUCGCUGCAGUCAGUCACCGAUAUCUUCCUUCUUUCUCUUCUCUACAACGGCCCGCGCAGCAGCAGCAGCAGCGGCGGCGGCGGCGGCGGCGGCAGCAGCAGCAACAGCGGCGGUGGCGGCAGCAGCAGCAGCAGCAGCUCUACGAGAAACCGCGCUACGGAAGCAAUUUACCGUGUGUGACGACUACGACGUCGCGCCGCGCCGCGCCGCGCCGCGCCGCCGCCGUUACCGACAAUAACGCAAUAUAGCAGCAGCAGCAGCAGCAGCACAACAGACCGACGACGGCGCGCCGCUACGAUCAUCAGCGGUGGGACUCUGUUUUGCCGUGGCGUUGCUCUGCGUCGAGUGCUGUGUACGAAGUGUCCGUUGCUGUCAACUGCGAAUAGUGGCAGUGAGUCGUGCCAGUCAGCGGCAGUACGAGGAGCAAUAGGGGUUGACGGUAGCGAUGGUGCUUGUCGGCGUUGUUGGUGUGCGUUUUUUUGCCACAGUCCGCACACAGGCACAGUUUAGUAUAGUAUCGACGCAUCGCAUUCAGAGUCGGCUGCAGAACGAGAAGAACUGUGCCGGCAUCGUUGCUGCUGCUGCUGCUGCUGCUGCUGUUGCUGCUGCUGCUGUUGCAGUUUAAGCGACGACCGUGUUGUCGCGGUGAGUGGAGACCAGACGACGACGACCGAGCGGCGAAGCGGCCAGGCAGGCAGGCAGGCAGGCAAGCAACGAACAAGUGUAGUGUCAUACCUGUCUCGCUUGUUUCUUCUGGAGAAGGAUGUUUAAAGGCAUUCGGCGCUCGUGCUGAUGGCGGUGGCGUUGCAGCUGCUGCUGCUGCUGCUGCUGCUGCUGUUCUUUGUAGUAGAAAUCGUUGUGAGUACUGACAACAGGAACGACGACGACGACCACGACAUUUGCUGCUGGCCCCAGAAGCCACAGCUUCUGCUGCUGCAGCAGGAGUAACAGUUGUCGUUGUAGCUGUAGUAGUACUGGUGGUGGCGGUGGUAGUAGUAGUAGUAGUAGUAAUCGUAGUAGUAGUAGUGGUAGUAAUAGUAGUAGUUGUAGUAGUAGUAGCAGCAGCAUAACAACAGUCAGUGGUGAAGCGUCGGACAACAUAGCAAGUGACUAUUGCCAGCCAAAGAAAAAGGGAAGAAGGAGGCGUGUAAUGUGCUGCCGAUACGUGGUCAAUUUCGUUCGUUUGUCCGUCCGUCCGUCCGUUCGUUCGUCCGUUGAACUGCGUCGAGAGUUCAGACGCCGGCCUGAGUUAGCUCUAGCUAAGUGAGUCAGGCCGGCCCGAACCGAACACCACGGGGACAAAAAGGAACGAAGGCUAACAGGCCGGAUAGGAUCAGUGCAGAACAGCAUUGCUACAUAAUAAAGAAUCGAAAACAAACAAACAAGAAGAGGAAAACAAAAGAGGGUUUCGACGAAGUCAUCGUUAGACUUCGUCGAUUUAUCGAUUAGUUGAUUGAUUGCUAAGGUUAAGAGAAAGCGAAUUGCAUGAGAUAACGAUUGGCGAUGACAACGGCGACAGAAAAAUAUUGAUUCGCUGGAUUAACAACAUCUCGACAUAGAUCGAUGUACAAAAUGAUCGUUUCUAUGGCCUUUAAGUGUGCGUAUUAUGUGUGUGAGUGCUUAUGUGUCUCUCUGCGGAUUACUCUGUAAGAAAGAUCGUGUGAGAAAGGAAGCAAUACUGUUUGGAUACAUUGAUGUGUUAAUGCUUUGUGAAUGCGCAAAUAAUUGUGACAAACAUUUCCUCUGCUGUAUUGUGGAGGAAAUGCUUGUAGUGGUGCCCGAAAAAGGAAUAAAAUCUAGUUCAGCAACGGGAUAAGGACUAUAUUAGAGAAACUUCAACGAAGAUGAAACGCAACUGCUGACGAAUCUCAGUGACGAAAAAAAAAAAACCAGAAAGGAAACAGGUUCUAUCAUCGUCGUCGUUGUCGCGUCUCGUCCAGCGCUGCACCUCGACGGCGCAUAUGUUCCAUCGCACGAAGGAUUAACCAGGAGACAUUUUUCCCAAAGACAAGAAAAGCAUUCGAAUUGCGCUCAUCGCAAAAAACUAGUUGUAAGCAAAAUUAGUGGUCAAUUAAUGAUGCUGCUCUGUGAUAUCGGCGCUAGCAGCACCGGCAGGAGUGCGCGAUGUCGGAGACAAUAACAGCAGAAUCGACGGCGACGCUACAGGCGAUGGGGUGCUAACUAUUACGUUAUAGAUGAUUAGUGUGGGAGCGAGGCGCUCGCUUCCUGUGCAGCAGUCAGGCCGUAAAAGUAUAGAGGGAGUAAGGAAGAAAUAAUAAUAGUGCUGUUGAGGUGAGUGCCUGUUUGGCUGGUGAAGACGGCAAGCUGAUCGCAAACGGAACGUGUACUUAUAGUAAACAGCCAGCUGCUAUUAGUCGCAACGCCAUCGCGGAGAGGUAGUCGCAAUAGUAACAACGACAAAGCACAAAUCCAAUUUGGAUUGCCGUCAAAACACAGGGUCGUCGCACGGGAGGUCGUGGCGACGGCGGCGACCACCACAGCGAGUUGAGUUGGAUAAGCGACCAUGCCGGGAGUUGCUGGGUCUGGCGACUCCCCGCACGGGAAUGGCGGUACAUUAGGGGGGAGUCUCAUUCAGGCACAUCACCCCCUACCACAACAGCAUCAACAGGCUCAGCAGCAGCUGCAGCAGCAGCAGCAACAACAACAGCAGCAGCAGCAGCAGACGGCCCCUGUUAUGAUGUCACUUUUACCGCGACUUAUCGAGCCGCCACGAGGCCGCAGCGGCCAGCGCGUAUUCUAUCGCGGCUUCCGCUAUGUGAACAAGGACGUAUUAGAAGAGCGGGUGCUUGAAGUGGGUGAAUUCGUCUUUGUACGUAUUACGCCGAACGAAGAUCCGUGUAUAGCUGAAAUGCAGCUGUGUUGGCGAGAUGAGCUGGCCGAAGUCAGUCUUGCCUCGUUACGACUUUACUUCCUACCGGAGCAAACGGAAAAUGGACGCCAAAGCUCACAUGGGCAGCAUGAGCUGCUGGUGGCAUCGGACACGAUCGUUCUCCGGUUAGAUGACCUCGUCGGCUGGAUCACCGAAGAGGUGGAGUGGAAUCACGGUCUGGUUGUGCCUAGCGUAGGGAUAACAAACCUUGGAUCCCUCGGAACGGAUGGCUCGGAUGCGAUGGCCAUAGAAGAAAAAGACAGGAAGACGUCCGAUAACGGAAACAAUGUGGCAGCUCAGAGAAGCGGAGCUGCCCGACGAAGCACUGAGGACAAUAAAGAGAAUAACCUCCUUGGGGCUAACUCGCCGCCCAGGGACGCAAACCCUCCAACUGCGACUGAUAAAGGAUCACCGGGUAAUGGCGCGUUGUCGAUAACUCGGGAUGGCGAAUUCUCCUGUCCACACGUCGUCGUCCUAUCAUACCCGCGGUAUUGUCGGUUUCGGGCAGUGCUCCGAAGACUUGAAGGCCAUCUGGAGCUGUGGCGGAGUCACCCACUUGUCGAAGCCCUUGGUGGCAUUGAUCUUCCGAAGAAAGGGGACUACCACAUACACUUUGCUCGCGAAGAGUUUGAGCACGAGACUCUCUCACAAAAUGAGCAAGUCUGUGAUCAUCUCGGGCCAAGCCUAAAAUCUAGGUACAAACGAAAAAGCGGUGGUGUAUUUGGACGACGGGCACGUUCACCAGGGUCGGAUUCGAACGCCUCGGAAGAGGGUCGUGACAAUAUUCGCAUACAGAUUGAGAAUCGAAUGUCGAAAAACAACACAAAUGAAGCAUGUAAGCGGCAGGAGGACUUCCUCAAGAAGCUUUUUAAUUUCAUGCGAGAGCGAAAGACGCCUAUCAGCCGCAUACCCAGCCUUGGCUUCAAACAAAUCGACCUGUUCGACUUCUUUACGCUUUCACAGGAGAUGGGCGGAUAUGAGUCUAUUACGUGUAGGAAGCUUUGGAAAAAGUUGCAUGAUACUCUGGGCGGAAGUGCCAAUAGCACUAGCGCUGCCACCUAUACCAGACGGCAUUACGAGCGACUUCUGUUGCCUUAUGAGAGGCACGUUCGCGAGAUUGAUGAAGAGAAGCGACGUAAGAAGAAGGCUGCUCAAGAGGAAAAGGCCAAUGAAAAAGCUGCAGAAAAGGCAGCAGCCGUGGCCACAGCCGAAAAGCAACUCAACGGCCAGCAACAACAAAUGUCACAACAAUAUAAUGACAAGGAACAGUUAGCGAACAGUGAACUAUUACUUCUCGAACAACAAAGAUUAGAUCUACACGAACAGCAGCAACGGCUUAAGCGAGAAUUGAAAUUUGAACACGAUCAACAAGACGCCGAUGAUGAAGAGGACGAAGAUCAGCCACCAGUGCAGAAGCAAAAACGAAAACAACAGCAACCCCAAUCGCUCGAAUCGAUGGACAGGGAUCAAGAAUCGGAAACAGCAGAAUCAGGCCUUGACAGGGAUCACGACCAACACUCAUCACCGGCCGCGUCACCUAGUCAACAGCUGACCCCACUGCAGUUGAGCCAACUCCAGGAACAAUUGGAGAUACACCAAAAGCACCAGCAAAUGCAGCAACAGAUUCACGAACAGCUACAACAAAUCGCUGCUGCGCAACAAGCAGCACGGGCCGCGCAACAAGCAGCUGCGGUGGCCGCUGCAGCAGUGGCUGAGGCGGAAACGACCAAAGACGCGAGCGACGUUUCAAAAUGUUCUCAGGAAGCCAAUGAGAAUCUUGAAAGGAAAAACUCUACAGAUGAGAAGAAGGGAGAUGUCGGUGAUAUGACAAGGGAUUCUGCAGCUGGUGAGGAUACGAAGCCAGGACCGCAUGAGAAGACGACACUCGAAGGCUUGUUACGAAAGCGAAUGGCAGAGCUGGCUCAAGAAGAGCUUAAGCAGAAGCAGCAGCAGCUACAAAAGGAACAAGACCGAGAACUUGGUGCUACUAAGGAGCCCAUCAAGGAGGAGCAGAAUGGGGAGCUGAAAGAUGUCAAAAAGGAGAACAAGGUCGAAAUCGAGGGGCUGAAGGCUGAGAAUACGGCGCUGGGGGAAGCGGCGACCGUCAAAGAGGAGGCCAAGGACGAGCAGCCUGCUGCAAAGAGGCUCAAACAGGAACAACAAGCUCCUUCACCUCAGGUUCAAUCUACGCCACAUCCAAGGCCAAAUCCGGCGAUAUCCAGUUCACCUCGUCUCCCACCUUCCCCGCAUACUGCGUCACCGCCCACCCAAGUGCUUCCUCAAGGGUCUGCAUCAACGCAGCGGCAAGGUGCCCGCACCCCACUGCCCAGAGUCCAGACGCCUUCUUCAGCCCAAGCUCACGCACAGGCGCAAGCUGCGCAACAGGCACAAAUACAGCGUCGUCUGGAAGAGGAGCUGGCCAUUGCGUGGCGCACCCAGAUUGCACAACUCUGCGGGCUAGCGGCAGCCAACAACCCGAAAGCUCAACAGGAACUCAUGGCUCGUCUCAUGGAGCAGAUUUACACAAAUGGGCCGUACGCAGCGGCGGCGGGUACGAUGUUGCAAGCGUUAACGGGAAGACCGACGCAAUUGCCAAGCGCCAUGGCUCAGCUCCAAGAGCUGGGUAAAGCACAAGUUCAAGCACAAACGCAGCCAGCUGCACCACAGCGGACCAGCGGCGGCAGUAGCAGCAACAAACCGAAACCGGAGCCUGCUGCAAGCCCUAAACUUUCCUUCCAACCUCAUCGUAUGUCGCCGUCUUUGCCUACACCUGCAAAUGGACUUUCGACACCUCCGCCGAAAAAAGACUCUACAAAGAUGACGUCUCAUCUGGGAAGUUCCCUGUCUCGGCCUUCAAGUCGUUCCACCCCAUUAGCUGCGGCGGCUCAUGCUUCGAGUUUGGGAUCUAGGCCGACUACUUCAACGACGAAUAACGACGCGCUUGAUCUGAGUAUCAAGAAGGCGCCCACGCGACAAGAGCGGUCCAAAAGCCCGCCUAAGCCACCACCUGCGAUACCACCGUCAUCGAAUGGUUUAUUAGACCUCACUAUAAAGAAAACAUCUACCACCACGGCAGCGCCGCCUUCGAUGUCGGUCGCAUCCGGACACCUUCCACACUCGGUAUCGAGUUUUCUCGGUAGCAUCACCCAACAACAUGGUCUGGGCCAUAACAACAUGGCUCAUCCACAACUCAGUUCCCCUCUUCCAUCGCCUUCACAGUCGUCCGGUGGACAGUCACGGUCUUCGCACAAAACGCCAUCUUCCUCACCGAGACUAACAUCUCCAUCUCUAACACCAGGGCAGGUAUCUCCUCUGGCCGCAUUGACCGGUCAUGGCGGUAAUGGAGCCGUGGGUGUCAGUAGCAAAUCCUCAAAAGGCUCCUCAUCACCGUUCAACCCGCUCAACCCAAUGGCAUCAAUGGCAUCGCUCCUCCAAUCAGCCGCAGCUCAGGCGCAAUCGUCCUCGUCCACUGCGGCGGCAGCCACAGUAUCUGCCGCCUCUUCUUCCAGUGGGUCAUCUCAGUCGUCGUCGUCGUCGAAGUCCAAGGGUAAUGCCAGUAGUUUAUCCAGCUCUGUACAGUCUGUACCAAUACCCCCAAGUAAUAAGCACGGGGCCAGCUCAGGAUCGAUCGGGGGAUCGAGCGCCAAUGGGAAACUACCGAAGGUGCCGCAUCUCAUUCCGUUCCAAGACAUGCAAAUGAAGAGCAGCAGCGGUAGUGCAUCAAAAUCAAACUCAUCAUCUUCUAAGUCGAAGUCGAGCGGCGGGUCUUCGUCAUCGUCAUCAACUACGUCUUCUGCACAUGCAGCAGCUGCAGCGCAGGUUGCCGCCGUUGCGGCCGCUGCAGCUAGUGUACCGACAGUUUCGGACUACAAUCCAACAUUACCAACGUUCAUUCCACAAAACUUGUAUCCUGGACUCGGCAACCUUGGUGCACUCGGCGGACUCGCGGCUCUCGGUCCAAUGAACCCGAUGAUGGCCGCAGCCAUGAUGCGCCAGAACGCCUUUGCCGCCCAGGCACAGGCCCAGGCAGUGCAGCAGGCGCAAGCUGCUCAAGCGGCGGCGGCGCAUCAAGCGGCCCAGGCGGCAGCGGCGCGUCAAACUUCGUCUGAGUUGGCGUAUAAAGAGUUGAUCGAACGGGGAAUGAUGCUUCCGCCAGGUAUGGGCGGGCCAACCCAACUGCCUGGUGGGGCUGCCAAUCUGAUGCAGCAGUACCUCCAGAUGAUGUACGGUGGACUUCAGCCGCCCAAAUAGAGGAGCAAGAAUUGUAAUCUGUAAAAGUACGCAGAAGGUUUUUCUAAGGAGUGUGGUUACAGGUCCUGUUUACAAGCAUUGACAGGCAACAGGGCUUUGAAUCACAGGGAACGUUCGAGGAACGUGACCAUAACGUAAUAUGUAGGUGACAUGCCAAUGCUCGUUACGUACGAGUACGUACGUCAGAAGCAGUUACGUAUGAAGACGCGAAUAGAAAAGAUAUCGAAGUGGUAAUUAAUAAAGCCUUGCGGGGCCUUCGUGGGACCGAUGGGUUUGUUAUUGCUGCUGCUGGUCAUGACACCUUGGUCUUUGCCCCAGCACUUACAGGCAGAAGAUGGCUGCGUUCCCUUACCACGACAUAUUGGUGAUAUUUAUGUGCAUUACCUGUUUAUAUCUCUUGGAGAAAAUAGUUGACAUGGAAAGCUAAAUGCAAAAAUGAGUAUAUAUAUAUAUAUAUGUGUGUGUGUUUGCGUGUGUGUGUGUGUGUGUGUGUGUGUGUGUGUGUUUACGUCGGUAAUAAGAGAUCGUGUCUUUUCCGGAGAAGAGAGGAAGAUUAAAGUAACAUCUGUAAAAGUUUACUCUUGCGAAUAGCUUAGAUAUGUGUCUGGCAAGAUAAAUUGCCGAAGGAGGGUAGCUGAGAAUCUUCAUUUGGUUAUUACCAUACGUUACAAAUGGUAAUUAACGAUGCCUAUACUAUCAAGAGUCGCAGGAAACGACGCAAAGUGCAAACUGUAUGUAUUACUAUGAUGCGAACGAUAAUAAUGAUGAUUACUAUUAUAAUUAACGUAGAAAAGCCGUUUAAUUUAAAAUUAUACGUUUUUAAUAUUGUUAACGUGUGCAUAAUCUUGUUUGAAUCAAUUUACAUUGACAUACAAAUGUACGUACCGACCGAACAGACAUGAAUUCGACUCAAGGACGGCCGAUUCGUCCUUCGCGUAGUAUAAUCUAUCCACUUGGUUGACUACUGCGUUCUUCUGUAGAGAAGCACACAUGACAAAAAUGUGCAUAUAAAUGCACACACAUUGCGUUCUAAUGUAAAAACAACAUAAUCAGAUUAUAUACAUGAUAAUCAUAUAUUCAUUGCUCUAUAUAUAAAGACACACAAAUUCUUACGCGUAUAAAUUGUAUAUACAGCGACAUCAUGGACUGGUUGCGGGCAUCGGUUUUUCUCAUGUCAUGCGGGCGCGCCGUGCUUUGUGUUGUGGGUCUGUUCUGCCCAAUAUGCCUGGGGACGAACGAGACUGGAUCUCUUGAGGUGCAUUGGAUUCCGUAGGCUUUGGAUAAGCGACGGGUCCCCUCUCGUUGUAAUGUGUACAUAAAAAACAAUCCCCUUCUGAUAAAUAGCUCA